AUGGGGGCUUAUGCCACAACACUAAGAAAAGGUGUUAAGUGGUACAGAAAACUAGGAUUAGAAUUGUUGUUAGGCGUUGCAGUAGUUAACGCAUGGGUUGUAUAUCGACAUGUAACAAAAUCCAAAAUGAAAAUUCGUAAAUUUAGAGAGAGAAAAGUUUUCCAGUUGCUUGGUAUGGCUAUAGAUCCUGAUCGUAAUGAGCAAACAAGUAAAAAAACGCACCACCUGAUUGAUAGGAUCCAUGAAAAUGGUAAAAAGGUACGACGUAAAUGCCAUAUAUGCUAUAUCAAUAUUUCUAACACAGAGGGUCGUGAACAAGCCAGAAAAAAAGCAAAAAGCUAA